AUGUUUAAACCAAAAAUGAUAGAAAAUCAAAAAGAUUUUCGAUGCUCAAAAGGACAUAAUCUACCAGUCAUUACUGUAGCACUUGAUCCAACAUUAUCAAGAGAUUAGAGACUCCUAUGUACUGAAUGUUUAGAAGAUCCAGAUUUAGAUGCCAAAAUGAUUGGAUUAAAAAAAAUUAUUUCAUCAAUUGAAGAAAAUUAAGUAAAAAAGAUGGAAAAAGUAGAAAAUAUAAUAACUAAUUAAUUAAAAUUAGUUGAAUCAUUGCAUGAUGUUGUAGAUCAAAUGAAAUCAUUUGUAAUUCAAUAAUUAAACUAAUUGAUUACUAUUAUGAUAGACUGGAUUCAAAAUCUUAAAUAAUAAGUGUCAUAAUAUUCUUAAUAUAGUUUUUAUGAAGAAUUAGAAAUUAUGUUUAUAAAGUAAAACAAAACUGAUGAUCACUUAUAAAUAUCUAAAGAAAUUUAGAAAACCAAUCUCUGUUGGACUUCAAAAUUUAAUCCUUUAUUAGAAUAAUUCAAUUAAUUUGAACAAUAUAAUAAAUGUAAGGAACUAUUAUCUUGUUUAUUAUUAGGUUCUUAGAAUUUUGAUAGUGAAUAAAAAUAAUUAAUCAAUAUCUAACAAAAAACUAAUGAAAUAGAAUGUUUAAAUAGUAAUUUAAAUAUAAAAGAAUAAUAAAAUAUUUAAUCUAUUCAUCCAAUAGAUCUUAAACCAUUUAAUUAUUAAAUACUUCAAUAAUCUUCUAUUUCAUAAAGUGAAUUGUGUUUAGCUAUAGCAAUUGAUAAUGAUUGUUCAACAUUGGUGGCUGGAUGUGAUUCAAAAAUUAAAGUAUAUGAAUUCAAAUAAGAAAUCAUCAAAGAAAUUUAAACUAUAAAUGAACAUAAUGGGUGGGUAUUUACUUUAAACUUCAUGAAGAAAUCGAAAUAGUUUAUAUCUGGAAGUUUAGAUAAAACUAUUAGAAUAUGGAAAUAAAAUGAAAAUAAUUUAUGGAGUUCAUUAUAGAUAUUAAAUGGACAUAAUGAAGGAAUUACUUGUUUAGUAUUAAAUAUAAAUGAAGAUUUAAUUAUAUCAGGGAGUUAUGAUAAAACUAUUAAAUUUUGGAUAAAGAAGAAUGAAUGGUUAUGUUAAUAAACAAUUAGAGAUCAUUCAGAUGAGAUAUAUGGAUUGAGUUUGAAUUAAUAAUAAAAUAGAAUAAUAUCAUGUGGAUAUGAUAAAUUAAUAUUAAUAAUAGAAUAUUAAGAAUAGAAUACAGAAUGGAAAGUAAUACAAAAGAUUAAUAUUGAUAAUUGUGGAUUUAGAAUAUGCUUUAUUGAUAAUAAUAUAUUCACAUUGUCACCAUAUAAUUAAGAAUAUAUAUCUGUCUUUGAAAUGAAUACUAUGAAUAAAUAGUUUACUAAAACUAGAGAUAUUACUAUUAAGUGUGGAUCAGAUAAUAAUUGUUUAUUUCCUUAAUAAUAUAUAAAUUCAAAAUGUAUUUUAUUGAGUAAGAAUGGUGAAUAUGUCAAUUUCAUAAGCAAAAAAUAAAAUGGAGAGUUUUUAACUGAACAAUCUAUUCAUUUUGGAACUAAUUGCUUAAUUGGAGGAAUUAGUGAAAAUGGAUAGUAUUUGAUCACAUGGGAUGACAAAUCAAAUUAAAUAUAAAUUAGGAAAUAUCAUGAAUUAUGA